AUGUCGGCAGAAGAAGUCAUCGAAGAGAUCGAAAGCCUCGUCAACUCCUUGAAGCGCUCUCUGAGCUCAGGAAAGAAGAUCCCCGACAAGAUACUUGAGAAACUGAACGAGGCUCGAAACUCUCUGCAACAUGCGCAUCAGCUCAGCGAAUUCCUCGAUGUCGGAUCACUCUUCGAUUCCGAUGAUGCAGACGAAACCGAAAAGGGAGAGGGCGAGACUGAAGAACCUUCACCGAAGAAACGAAGAGUGUCUUCCCUAACUGCCGAGGAAUUCUUCGAGACCGAGAGCCCUCCCGAUGGAGUGGAUGGUACUGUUGCUCUCAUGGACAGCGAGCCAAUUUCGGAAUCGGAUUCAUCGGAGUCCUUUUGCGACGAAGAAAAUUAUUCAUACGACGAGUACUAUCAGUACGACGAAAUCCCGCACGUGUUUGGGUACGGCGAAAUCCCGCACGCGUUUGGGUACGACGAAAUUCCGCAUGCUUCGGGAUCGGAAUACGCCUUCGAUGACGAAGCUCGUAAAGAAAAUGAAAUUCUUCACGUGAGCCCCCCAUCCGCGAAGCACCUGGAAACCUUGAGAAAUUUCUUCGGUCACGAAACUUUCAAAGAGUCCCAAUGGAAAGUGAUCUCAUCCGUGUUGACCGACCGGAAGGACAAUAUCGUCCUCAUGGCGACAGGGAGCGGAAAAUCCUUGUGCUAUCAGUUCCCACCGGUCUAUCUCGGCCAGCUCGCGAUCGUGAUCUCCCCUCUGAUCUCGCUGAUGCAAGACCAGGUCCGGAAGCUGGACGGAUUCGGCGUUCCCGCUGCAUUCCUCGGCUCGGCUCAGACGGAUUCGUCAAGGAUACGAGAAGAGCUCUUCAAUCGGACCUACCGGGUGCUUUACCUCACUCCGGAAUUCGCCGCAGAGAACUCGCUUUUCCUGACGAAUCUGAACGAGUCCGUCGGCAUUUGUCUGGUCGCGGUCGACGAGGCGCACUGCGUCUCGCAGUGGGGUCACGAGUUCCGAAAGACCUACCGGUCGCUCGGCGAGCUGAGGACGAGAUUUCUGGAAAUACCGUUCAUGGCACUCACGGCGACAGCCAGCGCCAAUGUUCAGAAUGAUAUCGAGUCCUCGUUGAGACUGCUCCAGCCGUGGAUCACAGUUACGCCUUUCGACAGGCCGAAUCUGUACCUGACGGUGAAGCGGAAGACCAGCCCCGACCGAGACCUCCUCAGCGUCCUGGAUCCGGGAGUUUCGACAAUCAUAUACUGCCCAAAGAGGGUCACGACGGAAGAAGUGAGCAUGCUGUUGCGCUCGAAAGGUAUCCCGGCAAAUGCCUACCAUGCAGGAAUGACACCCAGCGCCCGAAAAGAAACCCAAGACGCUUUCGUGAACGGGACAAACCCCAUAAUCGUGGCAACCAUUGCUUUCGGCAUGGGAAUCGACAAGCCCGACGUGAGGAAAGUCGUCCACUACGGCGCCCCGCAGAGUCUCGAAGCUUACUACCAAGAAAUAGGUAGAGCCGGGCGAGAUGGCGAGCCCUCACUCUGCGCUACAUUCUGGGACUCGAGCGAUUUUGACACCUACUUACUGUUCGUGAGCAAAAUCAGGGACAUGGACGUGGUCCGACACAAAACUCGGAUGCUGAAGAGAACUCGAGCUUACCUAGAAACCACUGGAUGCAGAAGGAAAUUCAUGAUCACCCACUUCAGUCCCGACGAGGCCGAGCGUAUCCCGAUGCGAUCGAAGUGCUGCGACAAUUGCGACUCAGAGCUCAGCAAGAGAGCAUUCACGAAUCUACCAGCGAUUGAAGACAGCGGUCGGGUGGACGUCACCGAGGACUCGCGGCUCUUCCUCAACGCUGUCAAGGACCUGAAUAAUGGUUUCGGCAUGAACAUGAUCGUUCUGUAUCUGAAAGGGAGCACCAGCGUGAAAGUCAGAGAAUACAUGAAGUCGAGAGCGCUUUUCGGCUGCGGAAGACAUCACUCUCAGGACUACUGGAAGGCACUCGGUGCCCUUUUAGUCGACGAGGGAUUCUUGGUAGAAGUCACCAAGAGGGGCGAGGCCAGCGGUAGCUUCCGUGGUCGCAGCUCGGCCUAUUUAGGCAGCUCAGCCUACAGGUUAAUUUCGGUCACAGCUAAAGCCGAGGAUUGGCUACGCCAUGGCAAGAUAUUUAUGCUCCAACCUGGAGUCGAAGAUACGAUCUCUAUAAAUGAUCCGAGGCGAAAACUUCUGUUCGAUCAGCUGGUCGAGGCAAGGAACUCGAUCGCUAAUCAAAACGAGCUUCCUGCGACCAGUGUUUUCGAUAACAAGAUGUUGUCUGUAAUUGCGGACAAAUGCCCGCGGAGUGUCGAGGAGCUCAAGGAACUCCCGGCGGUCUCGAUGCGCAAAGCAGAUGCUUACGGGAUGCUUCUCGUCGAGAAAAUUCGUGAAUUCUGCGAACAGAACGAUGUUACCGAUUUCGAGAGCGCCAGAAGAACUUACAGUCGCGCGGAUGUUCCCAGCGCGGUCCCCGAGGAAGCGAUCGAAUGCUAUAUCCUGUUCAUGCGGGAACGGCGGGAUCUGAGCGAAAUCUCGGUUCAGUUGGGUUUGCAGGAAAGCAUAAUUUUGAGGAAUCUUUCUUGCUUGAGUAGAGGAGUUGUUCUAGAUUUUGAGCGACUCGGUUUCGACCGCGAAAAAUGCGUGCAAAUCAAAGGUAUCCUGGAGAAGCUUGGCGCGAAAGUCACGUGCAGCAAGAUAAAACAGAGCCUCGCGAUAGAUAUCGAUUGGGCGGAAAUUUCCCUAUAUAGGGCCUACAUCGAGGGUGGAUUCCCAGUCUGA